GGGCCCAGUGCCAUAGCCCGGUGGCGCGAGCUAACCUUCCGCAGCCCCAAUGAACAGGUUCCCCGGUUCGCGUUGGGCUACCGUCUUGAGGACCGGGCCGCCAGCGAGACCUUCACCCCGGAGUUCAUCUACGGGCGCCCAUCCCUGGACCUUUCCGGCUCUUACCUCAGCGGCAUCAAGCUGCCCAGCGCGGAUCUUCGUCACGAUGACCUCAGUGGAGCCGAUCUUACGGGCGUCGAUCUUCGGACAGCCGAUCUGUCCGGGGCCAACCUGACAGGGGCGCAUCUUUUUCGAGCCAUCAUGCCGCGCGCCAACUUCACCGGAGCGAUGCUGGCGGGUGCGGACCUUUCCUACGCCAGCCUGCCAUACGCCGACCUUGAGGGCGCAGACCUCAGCGGAGCAGACCUGACGGCGGCGGACCUUUCCUGGGCGAGCCUGGCCAACGCCAACCUCCGGGGAGCCACGCUGACGACCGCCUCGCUGAUGAUGGCCAACCUUACCGGGGCAGACCUCAGGGGAGCACGAUUCAUCAAGUCCAGCAUGGACAGCACGAUCCUGCACCGCGCAACCGCAGGCGGCACCAUGUUCUCCAACUGCGACCUACGCCUCGUCAUCGGGCUGGACACGAUGCUCCACGGGGCUCCCAGCAGCAUAUCCCUGGACACGCUGGCCCGCUCGGGAGGCCGAAUCCCCCGGCUUUUCCUCCAGGGGGCGGGCGUAGCCGAGCCUUUGAUCGCCGCCCAGGACGUGCUCACUGCGGAACGCAGGACGUACCCGACAGUGUUGCUGAUCGGUUCGAUGGCGGAUUCCGCCUUGGCGGAACGGCUUUGCGAAGACCUGUCGCGGGCCCAUAUACCCGCCUGGGCCCUCUACGCCGAUGACGAGGGAGCGCUAAACACCGGAGAGGCGUCGCUGGACCACAUCGUCUACUACGACCGCUUGGCCCUGCUCUGCACCGACGCCGCGCUGGAGAACCCACAGACCAGCCGGUACUUUGCCGUACUUGCCCGGUCUGUCAGUCCGGGAGCUUCCGCCGGCCUGAUUGCUCUUGGGGCGGGCGAGGCGUUCUACGAGCGGCAGGACCGCCUCUGCAAGGGUCUCAGGGACGGCGUGGCCCUGGAUCUGCGGAGUUGGGACGAAGGCCCGAUCCUGGAGCAGGCGCUGAAUCACCUGGUGCGGGAGCUAACUGCGCCGGUGUUCUGA